UCUUAAGCAUAUUUUAUUUUACAAACAACACAAGACAGGUCUUACGAUAAAGUUUUAAUAAUGUCAUUACUUAAAUUUGGAUUAUUACUUGUACUGUUCGUUGGAACAAAUACUGAAAUGUGCCGGUAUGAAUUUGUUGUUCCUGACACAAAUUGCAAAAACAUUGGAACACCAGUUUCUGCUGAAGACGAACCUCAUUCAAUAAUGCAUAUGCAGCACGGGAUAGAUUCUACGAAUGCACGACUAAACACAAUUACUGAAGUUUUCAGUGGCCAGUUUACAAAACUUCAUACUGAAUCUAAGGACUUAAAAGAUUUGACAAAAGAAAUGCAGUCAAAACUGGAUUCUACAAGAGAAAGUAUAGCUAGACUGGAAGGAUUCAUGGAUGAGGUUAAAAGCUGGAAAUCAAGUAUUUCUGAAGGAAGUUCUCCCAAACUAGCUACUUUACAAUCGCAAAUGCUGGAUAUUGCCGCCAAAUUUCAAUCACAGUCCUCUGUACAAACAUCAAUUUACAGUUCAUUACAACGACAGCUAGCAGACACAGUGGCGUCCAUUGGGAAACACGCACGUGACAUAGAUGCGUUGAAAGAAACAGCCAAAUCAGUUGAAAACUUAAAGACCAAAGUCGACACAAUUUCUGAACAAAGUCGAGGACCCCCCGCCAAUUUACAAAAUAUUGAAAGCCGAAUUGGCAGUCUUGAAGAAAAAUUAGAUCAAAGUUCUCCGAGCGGUGGUUCAAUGAAUGAAAUGAAGGUAGCCAUCAAUUUUCUUCAAAGACAAUUUUUAGAUGAAACUCGUAAUUAUCGCAGUUAUAUCUUGAGCUUGAAUGGAUCCGUGACUAAACUACAGUCGGACAUGGAAGCUUUGAAAGCAGGUGCUAAUACACAAAAGUAAACUCACGAGCAACAACAAUACGGUUCACCAUUAUUUCUAUUUUUUGUGAUUCAGUUUCAAUGAUUUUAUUUCUAUACACUGAUUGAAUUUGUGAAAAGUAACUUAUUUGUUUUGUCUUUUUGUAUGCUAAUGUUUUAAUGGUAAGAACGGGUAUGGAUAUUUUGUUAAAAGAUGUAGAGAAUUUAAAACUACUGAUCAAUGUAUAAACUAUUGAAUCAUCACAAUAAAUUACAAGCAGUAUAACAUGA